AUGGCUACGUCAGUUGUCACUUCCCCGGCUCCUAUCGCUGUCAUAGGGAUCGGAUGCCGGCUCCCGGGGGGUAUCCGCAGCCCAGAUCAGCUUGAAGAGAUGCUGGCGGAUGGUAGAAGCGGCUGGAUGGAAGUUCCUGCAGACCGAUGGAAUCGGGAUGCCUUCUACAGUCCGCGUCAGGAAGCCAAAGAAGCUCUGGUCUCUCGUAGUGGAUACUUUCUCGACGAAGACGUUUCCAAAUUCGACGCCCGCUUCUUCCACAUCCCGCCACUUGAGGCACACGCCAUGGAUCCUCAACAGCGAAUGAUCCUUGCCACAACUUAUGAGGCCUUCGAGAAUGCGGGAAUACCGUUACACAAGGUUCGAGGAAGCAACACAUCCGUUUUCGUUUCUAUCUUCGCGCGCGACUACGAUCGCAUGGGCUACAAGGACAUUCCCCAGAUGAGCAAAUCGCAUCUUACCGGGACGGGCGACGCCAUUCUUUCUAAUCGAAUCUCGUAUGCUUUUGACCUCAAGGGUGUAUCGUUCACGCUCGAUACCGGCUGCUCAGGCAGUCUUGUGGCUUUGCAUCAAGCCUGUCAGAGUCUGCGUCUUGGAGAAUCGACAAUGGCUGUCGUGGGUGGUGCACAGCUCCUCCUCCACCCGGACCAAUCUAUCAACAUGAGUGCAGUCGGUAUGGUUAACCCUGAUGGACGUUGUUACGUGUUCGACUCGCGCGGCAGUGGCUAUGCACGAGGAGAGGGGGUCGCAACAGUUAUUCUCAAGCCCCUUGAACAUGCUAUUGCAGACAAUGAUCCCAUCCACGGUGUCAUCGUCAACUCCGGCGCCAACCAAGAUGGCAAAACGGCAGGCAUUUCUGUCCCAAGUGGUAGAUCGCAAGCCAGCCUCAUGAAGUCUGUCUACGCUGCUGCAGGACUGGACCCAGCCGAGACGGAGUAUGUUGAGGCCCAUGGCACGGGAACUCAAGUCGGCGACAAGGAAGAGGUAAACUCUAUCGAUGAAGUAUUCUGUCAAUCAGGGAAGCGCUCUCGGGAUCUGUUCAUUGGGUCUAUCAAGGCCAAUAUCGGUCAUCUCGAAGCCUCAAGUGGCAUUGCAGGACUUAUCAAAUCCCUCAUGAUCUUGAAGAGAGGACGUAUUCCGCCCCAUCUAGACCUAGAAGAGCCCAAACCCUCAUUGCGGCUUGCGCAGCGAAAUAUCAAGAUCGCCCAGAAGCUGACGCCUCUUUUCAUGGACGGUAAACCGCGACGAGUAUCGGUAAAUAGCUUUGGCUAUGGCGGAACAAAUGUUCAUGUUAUCCUCGAAGCCUUUCCGGCUAUUGUUAGAGCACAGCAGAAUGGUGUGGUGAGCAACGGUGAGCCUUGCCGUCACGCUGAUACCGACCUUAGCCAUGGCAACCUUUGCACUGCGGUAAUGUCGGCAAAGGCUGAAGCCAAAGCCAUGAGCCUACCACCCAACGGGGUGACUGACGGAUCAAUGAGCCAUACUAACGGCGUAAAUGGAAAUCACCACAGGCCGCAUCUCUACAUGCUAAGUGCGGCUUCAGAGCAUUCGCUUGUUGAAAUGACGAAGAAUUUGCAAGAGAGGGCUUCUUCCCGUCAAUCUUCUGCAUCGGACCUCAUGGAUCUCUCUUACACCUUGGCCUGUCGGCGCUCACUUCUUCCCUGGAGACAAGCUAUUGUUGCCUGUGAUGAGCAGGACCUAGAGGAGAAGCUCAGGCAACUGGAUACUAAGCCCGUCAGAGCAGCUACCUUGACUCCCUUGUGUUUUGUGUUCACGGGACAAGGUGCUCAGUGGGCUUCCAUGGGUUACGAGCUGCUGGAAUAUUCCGAAUGCUUUCAUCAUUCUAUGCUCAAGUCCGAUCGGCUGCUUGUCGGACUUGGUUGUCCCUGGAGCUUGAUUGAUGAGAUAUGCAACGACGAAGAUUCUUCCAAGCUUGGAACAGCUGAGAUUGCUCAACCGGCUACUACAGCUCUGCAGAUUGCUCUCGUGGAUCUACUCCGAAGCGUUGGAGUGGCACCAAAGGCCGUGAUCGGUCAUAGCUCUGGAGAGAUUGCAGCCGCCUAUGCCGCCGGAGCGCUCAGCCAUGAGGCUGCUUUGACGAUCGCAUAUAAACGAGGCACGUGUUCCGCCCUUGCCAAGAGGAGCAAUGCCACUUCUGGAUCAAUGCUCGCCGUCGGCCUUGGCGAAGUCGAGGUGUCAUCGUAUAUGACAGACAUGACAUCAGGGUUAGUAACCGUCGCUUGCGUCAACAGUCCCAAGAGCACGACCAUUUCUGGCGACGAAGCUGCGAUUGACGAGCUCAAGUCCAAGCUAGACGCGGACGGCAUCUUCGCCAGAAAGCUUAUCGUGGAUACGGCUUAUCAUUCACAUCAUAUGAAGAAGAUUGCUGGUCACUACCUGGAGUCACUAGCAAACAUUAAGCCCAACUUUUUCGAAGGCGGCGAAGAGGUGGAAUUCUUCUCCACAGUCACCGGUCAGCGCAAGGUUGACAAAUUUGGCCCGGAGUACUGGACACAGAAUCUUAUUUCCCAGGUUCAGUUCUCCAAAGGCCUCGAUAUGGUGCGCGAGCAUAUGACCAAAAGCUCCGGAGGUAACGAAUCCGCAUACACAUUUGUCGAAAUUGGGCCGCAUUCUGCACUAGCUGGUCCAGUGAAGCAAACCCUGUCGCAAGAGAUUGCCGGGAAGGGAUUCAGACAUUCCUAUCUGUCCGUUCUACUUCGGAAAACAAAUGCAGCAAUCACAACGCUAUCGCUAUUUGCCCGCCUAGCCGAGCGUGGAUAUCCAAUUGACCUCGACAAGGUGGUGCGGAUGGGCGAUCCUACAUACGAGCCCAAGGUGGUCACGGAUCUGAAACCAUAUCCUUGGGAUGAGUCGAGUUUCUGGCACGAAUCUCGUGUGAGCAAAGCCCAUCGCUUCCGACAGUUUCCGUACCACGAUCUGUGUGGGCUUUUCGACCCCUUGAGUAGCAUUCACGAGCCACGUUGGAGACAUUGGCUAAACAUCGAUGUCGUGCCAUGGAUCACAGAUCAUGUGGUUGAUGGAUGUAUCGUAUUCCCCGGUACUGGCUAUAUCUGUAUGGUGAUUGAAGCCAUGAGACAGUUGGUGCAGAUGAGGAGCACACCUGGAACCAUCAAGGACUUCAGACUCAGAAGCGUCGCAUUUACCAAGCCAAUCUCCUUUGCUCUCGACGAAGAAGACUCGUCUAUUGAGCUUCAAUUGGUCAUGACUCCGUCUCAAGUCUUAGAUGGCAACGCGUGGGAAUCUUUUCGUAUCUUGUCUUGUGGCCAAGAUGGCAUAUGGCAUGAAAAUUGCACCGGCCAGAUUGGCGUUGAUAUGAAGGCCGCGAAGGAUGAUGAAGUUGAGGGCGGACGAGAGGAAGAGUUUGCCUUAUCCGAGAAGCUGGAGAGACUCUGUCAAACUCAGAGGGAGGCGACAGAGCAGCUUGACUCGGAAGCCUUCUAUCGAGAUCUGGAAGCUACCGGGAAUCACUACGGCCCUAACUUUGCGCUGCUGGACUCUGUCUCUAUUGGUGGGAACAAAGCAGUCACAAACCUUGUGGUUCCCGACUAUUCGGAGAAGAUGCCAGGCCAUCACAUGCAACCACACCUCAUACAUCCUACGACUCUUGAUGCAGUCCUCCAACUAGGGCCGACACUUUUUAAGCGGCACUGCUCUACAGCUCCUGUAGUCCUCGGUGAAAGUGGAGACCUAUCCAUCUCAGCUAGUGUCAGCCUUUCGCCAGGCAGCGAACUGCUUGUGGCGGCAUCAAUCGAUGCACAGGAUGUACGCUCGUCCAGCUCUGAUGUUUGCGUCUUUCAGCAGGGUUCAGAUGGAAAACUGCUGCCUGUGUUGAGCGCCACGUCCGUUCUGCGUGCAUAUGGCCAGGCACGGCAGGAGGACUCGAGAAAACCGUACAGUGUCAAGAUGGCAUACAAAUUGACUUGGGACGUCGAUGUUGAUCACCUCACAAACCCGAGAUUCCAGGAAAUCCUAGCUGGCAUAGACCCCUCAGAGCUUGAGAGGAAUGGAAUUGUCACUGCCGGGAAGAAUGAUGAGGAAACAGAUGUCUUCGUACACUGCAUCGAGAAAGCAUCGUCAAUCUUGCUCAACCGAGCGUGCCGCCGAGUCGACGCAUCAAAGCUUGCAUUGCCGCAUCUCACAAAGCUCUUUGCUUGGAUGGAGAAGUACUGCAUCUCGAACGAAUCACAGAGAUACACGAGCAAUCUGACGGCAGAAGAAGAAGACCAAAGCAUUAAUGCAGCUGAGGACUCUGGGUAUGAGGGACAGAUGCUUUCGCGGAUUGGCCUGAACAUGCCGGAUAUUCUCACAGGAAAGACCGACGCUCUCUCGCUCAUGCUCGAGGAGAACUUGCUCUACAAGCUAUACGCGAACGGUUUGGUGCACGCAAACUACGCGCAGAUGGUCGCGUACCUCAGCAUGCUCGCUUUCAAACACCCGCACAUGAGAUUCUUGGAAAUUGGGGCCGGCACUGGAGGCGCGACCUUGCCUCUGCUCCGGUCUCUAACGCAUUGCGAUGGUGUCAGACUCGAUCGAUAUGACUACACAGAUAUCUCUGCCGGUUUCUUCGAGCAGGCAAAGGACACAUUCAAGCAGUGGCUUGACUACAUCAACUUUCGGGUGCUCGAUGUCGAGCGCGAUCCGGUCGAGCAGGGCUUCGAAGAGGCCAGCUACGAUAUUAUUGUGGCUGUCAAUGUCCUCCAUGCCACUAAGAACAUGAACUUGACCAUGAAGAAUACAAGAAAGCUUCUUAAGCCCGGCGGUAAAUUACUACUGAUCGAGUUGACUCGACUGAUGGCUACUUCAAACCUCAUCUUUGGGACCCUCCCCGGAUGGUGGUCCUUUGAGGAUGGACGUUCCGACUGUCCUCUUCUGUCGCCUGGUCAGUGGGAUGAUCUGCUCCGCCGCACAUCCUUUAGUGGUCUCGAUAUCAUCUCCCAGGACACACGAACCGCCAGCGCUCGAUCAUCUAUGAUGGUCUCCCACGCGAUUGCACCUGAGCACAAAGAUACGAUGAGGCCCCCCCUCAGCUUCCGCCUGAUUAAUGCUUGGAGAUCGUCAGUCACUGAAGAGCUUGUGGCAGAUCUGUCCACAGCGUUGACCACGAGCGGCCAUUCGUGCCUGAUUAACAACCUCGGUGGCUCAAUUAUCGACGAGAACACCAUACAUAUUGUCCUCGAUACAGCAGAACAUUCAUUGUUGCUGACCAAGAGUACCGACGUGUUCCAUGACCUGAAGGCCCUCUUCACUGCUGGUGUGCACAUUCUCUGGAUCUCCAUCCAGGAGUCUGACAGUAAGACAGCGGCAUCUUUCAAAGCCAUGAUUCAAGGAACUGCCAGAGUCCUGCGUCGUGAGAAUUCCGGGACGUGCAGAUUUGUCACCCUAAGUGUCGCAGACGUGGUGACAACUCCAGGCAUCAUCCCGGACCUCGUGCGUCAUGUCGUCCAAAUCGCAAACACGUCAUUCGCGAUGGAAUCUGGAUCAGAUGAGUCCUGCGAGAAUGAGUACACGUACAGUCAAGGUCAAGUCCUCAUCCCUCGCGUCGAGACGGAUAUCAAAUUCCUGAACUGGGUUGACCGCGUUGCCGGAAGUGCUACCAGCUUGGAGGAGGUAUCAUAUCAUAACGAGUCACGGCCACUGAAGCUCGAGGUAGAAACACCGGGCUUGCUUAGUAGUCUGCGCUUUGUCGAUGACCAUAGCCUUGCAAGUCCCAUACAGCCACGAGAGAUCCAAAUCACCUCUCGCGCCCACGGCGUGAACUUCAAGGAUGUGUUUGUUGCGCUGGGCCAGAUGCGCACUGGUGUCGACAUGGUGGGUGAGGUCGCCGGGAUUGUUACUGAAGUUGGCGAGGAGAUGAAGUCUCAGUACCAGAUUGGUGACAGUGUUGCUGGCUUUGGCUCCAACCCCUUUGCAAGCUCCCCACGCAUCAAUGGCAAUCACGCGCGCCGGCUUCCCAACUGGAUGCCGUUCGUUGUCGGCGCAACAAUCCCUGCCAUUUACGCCACUGCAUACUACUGCAUCUUUGAAGUUGCUCACUUGCAAAAGGGACAGUCUAUCCUCAUUCAUGCCGCAUCAGGCGGUGUGGGUCAGGCCGCGAUACAGCUCUGUCAGCAUAUUGGUGCACAGAUAUUCGCGACCGUAGGAAGUGCCACCAAGCGGAAGCUCGUUAUGGAGAGAUACGGCAUCCCUGAGACUCACAUCUUUUCGACCCGAGGAGUGUCUUUCAAAUCCGGGGUGCUGCGUCUCACCCGUGGUCGUGGAGUCGAUGUGGUGUUGAACUCACUCUCAGGAGACAUGCUCGCUGAGGGAGUUCAGUGUAUCGCCAAACUCGGCACAUUCAUUGAGAUCGGUAAGACCGACAUAUACAAGAGCAACCACCUGAAUAUGAGUGCCUUUGACCGAAGCAUCUCAUUUGUCGCCGUCGAUCUCGUCUUGCUUGGAGAAGAAUGCCCUGAAAAGUUGCAUGGAAUCCUGGGCGCUGUUAUCGACCUCUUCGAACAGGGAGCUUUGUACGCCCUCACUCCAAUCAACGUUCUGCCUAUCGGAAAUAUUGAGGAAGGCUUCCGAAUGAUUGCGACCAGAAAACAUCUUGGGAAGGUUGUUCUUGAGGCAGAUGACAACGGUCUAGUCAAAGCCACAACUCCCAAGGCUCCAGCUCUCCGACUGUUCAAAGGCGGCACAUACAUCGUUGCGGGGGGCUUGGGUGACUUGGGUAGACGGUUGGGUGUCUUCCUGAGUGCGAAGGGAGCUGGUCAUGUCGUCUUGCUGUCGCGCCGUACCCUUGAUCAUGAAGCGCGACAGAAACUCGAGGAAGCGGUUCACCAGGGCGGUGGCAUGCUCCAUGUUGUCAAGUGCGACAUCACGAAAGAAGAGGAUAUCGCCCACGCUGCGGACUAUUGCAAGAGUCUGCCUCCAGUCAGAGGCAUUAUCCACGGCGGCAUGGUACUCAAGGAUCGCCCCUUCACCCAUAUGACAUACGAAGACUUCACCACGCCGCUUGGGCCUAAGGUCUACGGCACAAUCAACCUUGACCGGGCAUUCUCUUCUCCAGAUCUCAGCUUCUUCGUCAUGCUCUCAUCAGUGACCACCGUCAUCGGCAAUGGGAGUCAAGCCAACUACGCCACAGGCAACGCAUUCCAAGACACAUACGCACACGUCCAGGCUGAUCACCCGCACACGAAGUACAUCUCAAUUAAUGUCAGCGGCAUCGAAGGGUCCGACUCGGUUGUCAAUACUAUGCAGAACAACAAGGCCUGGCUAAUGCGCAACAGUGUCGCCCUGAUGUCUUUCGACGAGUUCUUCACCAGCAUUGAGUACGCCAUGAGCCAGCAGGCGCGUGAUGAUGGUUGCGAACAGUCGAUUCUCGGUUUCACCAGACAGUCUAUUGUCAAUGCCGAUGAUGUUGUUCUUCUGACGAAUCCCUUGUUCAGCCUGCUUCCAUAUCCCAAGCAAUCGGGAGGUGUCAGCAACUCCACCGACAAAUUUGAUGUAGAGCAAGCAAUACGGGAUGCAAAGACUCUAAAGGAGGCCGAGGAUGUCAUUGCCGAAGCUAUCAAGGCCAAAUGCGCCGUGUUCCUUGAUCGGCCAAUUGAUGAGGUCCCAGCCACGCAGUCGCUCGCAAACAUUGGGUUGGACUCUCUUGUGUCCAUCGAGCUCAAGAACUGGAUGGUUCGCACCUUCCAAAUAACUCUUCAAACGUCUGAAAUUGCUCAGUCCGCCAGCAUCUUUGCCUUGGCUGCCAGUGUAGGCUCCAGGUCGAAAUUGGUCAGCGACGAGGCGCGGAACUGCAGGGGAGAAACGGGCCGCGAUGAGCAGAACCUGCCGCCGAUACCGGGCAUUGAAGUCCCAUCUCAUGGCUUUGAAUGCUGCAAGGCUUCUCUAGAGCUCCCCAAGUACCCUCUACCUGAUCUUAACGAUGUGCUUCAGGAGCUUCUCAAGAACUUCUCCCUCUUCGCCAGCACACGUGAAGAGCUGUCACGCCUGCAAGCGGCGGUCGUGGAGUUUGGUGAUAAAGACAGCUCAGGGCGUCAACUCUACGACAAACUUGUAACACUGACCCAGGAUCCUACAGUCGACAGCUGGAUUGCCGACUUGCAUCUUCGAGGUUUGUACCUUUCGCGCCGUCAUCCCAUUGCGCCAUGGGGCAAUUUCCUCAACACCCAUCACGACAGUGAGAUCCCGCAUAGCCAAUCGGAGAGGGCUGCCAUAGUCUCUUUAACCGCAUUGCAGUACAUGCAUGACUUGGAGGCGGGCACACUCGAGCCCGAGUGGCUGGGUUUGCGGCCACUCUGUACCUACUCAUGGAAGUGGCUGUUCAACACAGUCCGUGAGCCUCGUGUGGGCUGCGAUGAGUUGCAACGUUAUGCAACUAGCUAUUACUGCGCUGUGCUAAGGAGAGGGCACUUGUUCAAGGUCGACCUCCGCGGCCGUGACAAUGACGUCUCUUAUCGUACACUCAAGGCCACUUUUGAAUGGAUCCUAGCCGAAGUUCAGGAUGAUGCUUGCUGGACAGGCAUACUAACCACCGACGAUCGGGAUUCCUGGGGAUUUAUCCGUGAAAGACUGAUAUCUCUUCGUCCCGGAAACGCAGACUACUUCCAAGCCAUAGAAGAGGCCGCCUUUGUUGUUUGCCUCGACGAUGGAAGUCCAGAAACCCGUGAAGAGCGCGUAAGGCAAGGCUACAUAGGGGAUGGAUUCAAUCGUUGGCACGACAAAAGCACCCAAUUUGUCAUUUCGGGCAAUGGUCGCUCGGCUCAAAUCUUUGAACAUACGGCGCUGGACGGCGUGACGAUCAAGCGGUUGAAUGAUAGAAUCCACCAAGCCAUAUAUUCUCAUGUACCAGAGGACAGUGAGGCUGAGAAGCAGAUCGAUGGCCCCAACGGCCAUGCUCGAGCCGGAAUCCCUCUCGAGGAGUACUCCCUGGAAACGGAUGAGGAGAUUGAGGCCCACAUCCUGAAGCUCAGGUCACGAUACUCCUCCGCAACCUCAGCCAAGAGCUACCUCUAUCACACGACCCGGGGCCUUGGGACAAAACUUCUACAAGGAUCUAGGGUGCCAGCUAAGGCUGCUGCCGAUCUGACCAUUCAGCUUGCAAGUCGCCUGUAUUUUGGAUACAACCCGGGUAGCUGGGAGCCUGUGUCUACGGCACGCUUCCAUCGCGGCCGACCGGACCUAAUUCAGGUCGUCACCGAGAAUGUUCUGCGAUUCUGCGAAGCGGCUUGCGAUGACAAUAUUCUCAUGCCUGACAAGAUGAGCAUGUUGAUGCGAGCCGCUAAGGAGUGGGAACAGAAUGUACAGCACGCAAGCGAGGGCAAAGGAUAUCUGCGAUUCUUUGAUGUCCUGAACGGUAUGGUGCUAGCCAACCAGGAGAGGCCAUCAUUGUUCGCCAACGAAACUGUCUUCAAAGCUUUCCCAGGUCUCAUUCUGCAGACCAUCAAUGGUGAUGAGGUUGCAGACUCCGCUAUCGCUCUGAUGCCAGCAGACUCGCUCUGGAUCAGCUACUGCAUCAAAGAUGAGGAGCUCUCCUUCUCAGUUGUAGGCUCAUCUGGGAAAAUGGACCAGUUUCAGAAGUGUCUUGACAGAGCUGCCGAGAAGAUCAGCGCUAUCGUCAGAGCAUGA